AUGGAUUUGGUGGGAAUUGCGACUGAGGUUCUCGAUGGAGAUCUUUGGAACUGCCGGGUUGAGGGUGAAUGGCUUGUUGGGAACGAAGAUGGUGAAUGGUUCGGUUGGGCGUGGUGGCCAGUGUUUUUGUCGGGGCUGUGGAAGAUGAAGGAGAAUAGAGUUGGGUAUAUGGGUGAAAAUGUGGGUAUCAUGUGGGGUGCGGGUCUUAAGCGUUAG